AUGGACAGGUUCAAGGCAACCAAGACCCCGGAUUUGACAGAACUCGACAACACUACGUCUACAACCACGAACCCACACUACAAGGGCAGCAGACCGACGGUGUUGUACGUCAGGGCCGAGAUUGAGGCUCUCCGCGUCAGGGAGCGGCGAAUCUCUGCAGAGAAGAUUGCCAGAGAUCGCAAGGAGAAGGCCGAGAGGCUAGCCAACGAUCGCAGGGAGAAAGCCAACAAACUGGAGAGAGAGCGCAGGGAGAAGAGUGCCAGGAUCGAGAUGCUCAAGGCCGAUCACGACAUCGACCCCGAAAUGGUUACCAACGAGGACUUGAAGAACGCCAUUUUCGGCGACUACUUGGAUUCCGACACCCCGUUUACGUCGCUUCAAGACGCUAGGCAAGCGUAUCGGUUCAAAGACCAGGCAGCAAAGACUGUGCCCGCCGAUCCCGUGAGAGCCCUCAACUUCUUGCAAAAUGUUGAGUUUCUCACGUCGCAGACUACGAGGGCCGUUCCCGGCGACUCUGUUUCGGUAAUUCAACGAGCCUUGCAGAGCGUGGUAGAUGCGCUUUCCAGCCCUGGUAACAACGAGGUGUUGGGAAACGACGACCAAGCCAUGUUCGACACGUUCUGGCGCACGAACGAUAUCAUUCAAGGCGUGAUUGGCCGAGAGGGACUGUCGGUAGCGAUCGUUUCAUUCCUGAACCCCGAGGACGUGAAGAGACUCGAGCAAAGCAACAUGAAAAGGCUCGUCUACAACGCAAGGUUCAUCUCGGAGAAGUGCCAGGCUCGCAGGCGCAUCGGCCGCGUCAUCCAGCGCGUGGUCGGCCAAGAGGGCUUAUCGGCGGCGAUCGUUUCGUUUCUGUGCCCGGCGGACGUGCGACGGCUCCAGAAAAGCAGCAUGAGACAGCUCGCCUCCAACGCCAAGUUUGUUUCGAAGAGAUCGGACGCGCGCCGCAGGCUUUGCUGCGAAAUCGAGCAGCUGGGGGGGAUACCGGACGUCGGCGCCUUCCUAGAGGACCCUGCUGUCUUGGAGCGCGUGACGAGGCUGCGGGGCGACCCUGCGGCGAGACGAGAGAUGUUGUCGAAGGCAAUGGAGGCCGAAGGGAUGAGCAUCCGCGGGGACAGCGCGUUCUGUCGCGAGUUCAUCAACGGAUCAACGGACGUCGAUCUCGGUUCUUUGAAUUCACCCCGCUUCGGGAGGUGCGAUGGUGUCAUCGCGACCUCCGAUUCCUCCGGCCUCCACUAGGCUCGACCUACGUGUAUUCCCUUCAAGGAACGACUCGUUGAAAAUUGGCUUGACUUUGGGGCGUUGUGGACAAGGAACCACCGGGGCGGACAGGCCCGCCGUGCUGGACUUGUGCGACGAAAGUAUCCUGGACUUCAUACUUCUUGCAACGUUCUCGAAUGCGGCGACACCUGAUUUUACAUCAAUAUUGCAUGGGUGCCAAGGCCGCAACAUAACGAGCGGCCGAUCAGCGGUUGCUCACCUUAGCACGAGAUUGACUGCUUGGAAGAAGAACAACCGGGCAGAGGCGACGGCCGACCAUGCCCGACUCUCCUUCUCCCACUCAAGCCCGAUUUCGCUACAUUUUUUCGCUACAUAUUUAUGGUUGGGGGAAACUAUGUUGUUGUUGUUGUCGGUGGUGGUGGUGGUUUCGAAAAAAACGUGAUACAGAGUAGUGCCCAUCUCAACACCCCAAGGGCCGGGUUGGUUGGGUAUGGAUAUGCGUAGUAAGAAGUAGUAUGUCAUUUAUCGCCGGGCUCCGCAACCGGCAUUAUAGGUCUCUUGUGGUUUAUCGCAACUACAUGCACACUGUAGUUGUGUCAUGAUUGUGUGGGAUGUACUCAGGACGUCGUCCUUCCUUCUCAAGUGUAGCCACCCUUCGCGUUCUAUCUCUGCGCUUUUAUGUUCGGCUUAACCUUUUCUAGUAGUUCUUCUUGAAGAUGUUUUGAUGGCAUCUCGGGUGCUAAGUUUACUGUUUAGGCCUGAUUUUGAUUUAGAACCAAGUUAGUCUUCAUCAGAUAGUACAUGGCACAGACAGGAGGCGGAAGCGUCCGCGAAGCGCCAGCGAAGCGCCAGCGCGCGAGGGAAGCAGAAGCAGAGAGUACGGCCAUCUCGGGACCGAAGAGAAAGAGAGUCGGGGAAGCGGCGGUGGGGGGAAGAAACGGCGACCGGGCACUGCUGUAGAAGCGACUAGGGCGGCCGAGGCAGCACUUGUGGCGUACUGUGUACCCGGCUGAUGUUGUUGCGCCUGCUCCCCUCUCUGCCCUAUGCUGUACUCCUGUAUGUUCUUUGUAUUGCCUCCGGCCUCUGUGCUGUGCUUCUUUCUUCAUGUCC